AUGACAACCAUCAGGUGGCUACUUGGAGCUGUCAAAACAGCGUAUGAAGAUUAUGCUAUUGGAGUAAAAUUAGAUGAAAAAUUCAGUUGGAAAAAUGUUGAAUACGAUUGGCUAUCGCCCCUCCUCAAGGAGAAUACGAUUCGCACACAGAAAUACGUUCCCGAAAACAAUUUGCCACUCGGUUUAGAUUUGUGGAAAGAUGAACUAUUUAUCAACGUUCCAGGAUUUAAAUUGGGUGUGGUUUCGUUUCUUAAUUAUGUUAAUAUUUCAAGUGUGCUAAAAAAUCUGAUACUGAAGCCAUACCCAAGCUGGAAAGUCAUUUUAAUUGAUAUAACAUCAAAUGGAACUCUUGCAGACAAUUUUCCAAUUGCUUCUGCGAUUCGUGUUCGAGUCGACGAGUGUGAUCGUUUGUGGGUGAUGGACUCUGGGUUCAUUGGUUAUUUGGCAAUACAAGUUAAACUUCCAACAAUCUAUAUCAUUGAUUUGAAUAUUUACCUGUUAAUAAAGCUACAUUGGUUCCCAAUAAGUCAUUUAAAGGAUGGUUCCUUUUUUUGCGUUCGAACUGUUUAUUUCCAUGUCGGUAUGCAGAAUAGAACGCGUGCAUUGAGUAUCGAACCUUUUCAUGAUUAUUAUUUUGUCGGUGACCGCGGACCCAACGGACAAUCGAGGGUAUCAUUUUUGGAUGAAAAGUCAAACGUUUUAUUCUACGCUCAAAUAAACAAGGACGCCGUUUAUUGUUGGAAUACUGAGAAGAGAAAAGAGAAACCAUACAAUUUGAAUACACAAGGAGUUGUCGAUAUGAAUUCGGAUUCAUUGGUGUUUGUAAAUGAUUUGAAAGUCGAUAGAGAUGGAUAUUUAUGGGUUCUGUCAGACCGUUUACCAGUGUUCAUUUACUCAAAAUUAAAUGCAAACCAAUUUAACUACCGAAUUUUAAGAGGAAAAGUCAGUGAAUUGAUUGCCGGAACAGCAUGUGAAUAUAAAAAAAUGUGCAAACAAGGUUGGUCAUCUGAUUUUGCUUAUCCAAAUUAG